AAUGUACGAGUAAAAUGCUACCAAACGCAUCAUUACCGUCGAUAGUGAAUGAAGAGAUAAGUUUAGAAGGUCUUGAAGGCAGUACACUAGAUUCAUUAUGGAACCACGUCGCGAUACGGCUAAAGUUGCCGAUGCCACUGCCCCCGAAGCUGAUGGGCUCGAUCUGGACGUUGAUUAUGCGCAAUUCCGAGUUUGAGUUCUAUCUGCUGCUGAACGAACGGAAACCUUUCGCUCACUUUAAUCGGCUCGGUAACCUGGAUCCGGAAAAUGGUAUCGCUGUCCACCCGAGCGAGUUUCCCGGUCACCGGUACGCAUACCGGCUGGUCGAAGCGAAUGGUGUGCGAGGAUCGUGCGAAGAAUACGACACACGCACGUCCAUUCCACGGGAUGAACUACGCACUAUCAACUGCUUCGAAGCGGAACUGAGAUAUGGACGUAAGUUUGUGAUAGUAGCGUCACAGCGCAUGCGCGAAUCCUUCAUAAUCGUCCAAAACUGUACGGCCGAACUUACCGGCAUGCAGUACUGCAUACUGGAAUGGAUCGGUCGCUCCCGCUUUAGUGGAGAAACAUCACACGGCAAAUACUCGCUGGUACAAAUAUCGGGCGAUUCGAGCUCACUGUUCUACCACCGAAAGGUGCUCAGUGCGGCAAAGUUGAUUACGCGCCAAAAUCUCUCGAUCCGUAUCGAUGAUACUAGCAUACAGGGCAUGGUAUUUCAUCUGCCCCGCUACUACACGGAGAUGAAGACGAAACAGUUGCUCGUCGUGGAACGUGUCGUCAACGAGCUAAAGCGCCGGGAACAUUUUAUGGCAGAUUACGAAGAAAUCAAGAUGAUGGUACUGAACAAACCGGACGCCGGAAAGUUAUUCCGUUCGCCGGAAUUUCAGCGCUACAUCAAGAUGGACGAGAUGGUACCGUUCCGUACGUUGUAUCCGGACGCACCGCAAAGCUCGUGGAUGACAAAACGGGGCGGCGAAAAGAUGAUACGCGUAAUGCGACUAAUCGAUCCGAAAGCGGACGUGUAUGAUGUAUGGAACCGUGAAAUGGCAGAAGAAGGUGGAGCUGAUGCAAAGGAUGGAUUUUUAGCCAGUGCGGACAGUGACGCCAUUUACGUGGACGUGCCACUGCUUCAGCUUGCCUAUAAUGUGAUUGCGAAUCAUGGUGGCAAAGGCAUAUCGCAGUCGGAGAUGGCCCAGGAGCUGGGCUUGGAUAAGCUAAAUUCGCGUGCCGUUGUGAAGAAUCUGUCGAAGCUUAAAUGCAUCGAAAGCAUGACCGUGGACGAGGGUAGACAGCGAACGUCCAAAUUUUUCAUUCCAGGCCAUUCGCAACGUUCGGCCGUAUUCGAGCAGGAAGUAUCGCAGUUCGUAUCAAACCAGAUGAACGUAAUCGAAAGCCAGCGGGCACACAUUGCUGCCAUCGAGAGCGUAAUGGAACCACCACCCGGCCGACGCACAAAUGCUGCCGUUGAAUCUGUGUCCGCUGGAAGUCUUGGGAGUGAGAACGCUUACCCGCUCAGCAACGAUUCCCUGUUGCGGGCGGCCGAACGAAACGCGUACGACAGUGCACUGCACGACAACAUCAUCACCGAGGUUGUACUGUCCGACAGUCUGCAGAGCAAAGAGCAAAAACGAAUCUCGACUGCUGUGCUGACGAAAUCAAUCAGCGAAAAGGUGCUGCAACGCUGCAACUUUAUUAUCGAGCUCGUAAAGCAGGCGGAAGCAAUCGAACCGCAGGCAAUACUGAAAAGUUUAAAGCAGCGGGAAAUGCGUAUAGGCAAUCAGUAUACGGCCUGCAGCAAGUCGUUGAUGCGGCUGAUCAAUCGGCUAUCCGCCGAUCGAAUGGUUCAGUUCGCGCACGUCCGGAUGCAGCGAGACGAGCGCGAAUAUCGGUUCGUGUAUGUGUGCGAUCCGAAGAUAACGGUCGAUCAUCCGGCGCUGCUAACGAAGCUAGCGAUGGCCAAGUCACGGAUUGUGCUGCAGCAAACGCAUCUGAAGGGGCAGGGCUCGGGCCAGGGCCAGGAAGCGGAGGUAGCGACUCGCGAAACGUCGAAACUGUGCGGUUACCAUGGCUGCUUGCCCAAGUGUCCGCGGAUGAAGCUUUACCACGAGUAUUUGUUCUAUACGGCUCACGUGCAGCCAAGGGAUGCUCGCGAAUUAGAUGUGAGUGAGCUGAAAUCGAUCAAUUUGGAGGGUGUGGAUGAGAACGAACUGUCCCCGAUAUACAGCGAUACGAACGAUUGGAAGAUGUUCGUACCACCGUUGAACCUGUACGAUGGUUACGGGUCCGGAUGGGUGUUGCUGAUUGAUGUCGUCAUCCGGAUGCCGAUGUACGUGUUUUGUUCGAUCUGUGCUUACUCAUUCUAUACGCCCGCACUCGACUACUACCUCAACCAUCCGAUCCGGAAGUACACACUGCUGAAACAUCUGCCCGAUCCGAUCCGGAUGCAGUUGCUGCAGAAUCGGCGGUACAUAUACGCCAUUUUGGAUGUUACCAAGUUGCUUUGCUAUGCGGGACUGUUGCAGAUGGGACCGCAACUGCGCAAAACGCGUGACCAAACGUACGUCUAUCUAAAUCAGUACGCUUGCCUACUGGACACGACCGGAUCGAAGGACGGUUACCACGAAAUCGAGGCUCGUAAAUACCCGAUGAUACAAUUUCGGCUCGAAACGAUGGAAGAUGUGAAGGAGUAUUGGGACAAGCUAUACGAUAUAGCGAUGUCGACGCGGAUCAAUUCGCGCAACACGGCGAUUGGGCGGGUUGUGUGUGUGCAACACGUACACUCCAAACCGGCCAUGAUAGAUGCGCUCCGUGUGCAGACGGAAGAGACGGCGGCACUGAACGAUCGGCCCGGUCGCUUGCCGCCGGGAGACGAGAAAGGGGCCGCCGGUUUUGAUAAGGCCAUGUUUAUGCACCUUAAAACGAACUGGCAGAAGAUGCUAAAUACCUCCCAGUAUCGGCACAGAAUCGAUAAACAUCGGCUUAAGGCUGUGCGACGAUCGCUCAAGAUGAAAAAGAAGCAAAACGAAAGUGCUACCCCGGUGGUCGACGAUAGUGGCAGGGGUGGAGAACAUCAAUCACUACCACUGUCAGAUAUUGUUCCUGCGAUACCUAGGAAGUAUAUACGUAAGAAACUGAUCCGCAAGCGUGUUGUUAAGCCGCGAAAAUUAACACUUCGCCGUUGGCGCGAAGGUUGCGAUGAGGUGGACAAGCGUGCGCUCAAAAAAAUGUCCAAUUUGCGGGUUAAGUGGUCCCGGGCCGAAGAUCAAAUAUUGAUAAUGUGCCGCGUGGCGCAGCUGUACCUGUACUCCACUCAUACCGUUACCUGUCCGGUGAAUUCGUCCACCUUCCGCGAUGUGUUGCAUUGGUCGAAUGCGCGUUCCGCGUGCAAAACGUCCAGCUCUUGUCAGAGGCGUGUACUGUACAUGAUUAAGAAGGUGCCAGGUGUGGCCGACACUAUACGCACGUGUCUUGAGGAAACGAAACAAAACCCGCUAAUAGCGGAACGUUACGGACCUGGGUUCACGAAGAAGCUACGGGAGCGGUAUGAAGAUGUGGAAGACUAUAUGGUUGCGGCACGCAUCCAUUUUGUGCAGUUGGUCCACAUGGUCCGGCAGUUUUGUUCGAAUUUGAUACGCGGGAGUAUUGAGGCAGGGACUGCUGUACUUCCAAGAGCUGCAGUUCGAGGACACACCACCGAGGAUGGAUCAGGCCAAAUGUAUACCUUUUGCAUUCCCGAUACGAUCGAGGAGUUGUACCGACAGUACAAUAUUACCGAUACAACCAACAGCGGCAAGCAGCUAAACUAUGCCACCGAUCCGGCCACGCUGCAAGAUUUGCAAAUGUACAAACUAACGAUUCUGAUGCAUAGCGCAGUAACUUUCGGACGCACGACGGAGCCAUUGCAGAACGUGUAUCGGGAGUACUCGGAAAGCAUCCUGACGGGGGCGAUGCGCCUGAUGCGUAACUACCAUCUUGUGUCGAUGAACAAAAAGCUUAAGGGCGUUGGGACUAAACUGCUUGUCACGCAUACUCCGGCGACGGAAGAUCGCGAGCUUUACCACGUGUCGAUCCACUACCAGCAGCAACUUAUGACGUCCCUUCCGUUCGAUCUGUUCGUGCCGAUUUUCUGCCAGUAUAUGCAGUUGCUCGACCGCAAACAUUACGAGGAACUGUGCGCGUACGAUGACGAUGCGCAGGGUUUGGUGUUGCUGCUUAGCGAACUACUCACCAUGGGACGGGUCGAUGUACAUAUCGAUCAGGAGGCCGAUUACAUCAAGGUACGAGCCGACACGAAGGAGAAGGUACCAUCCUACUCGGAUGUGUUGUUGGCCGAACAGCAGGACACUGUCCCCGGGUCGGGAACGGACAAGCCCACAAAGCCAGGGACACCGUUUAAAACACCAACGGACAAGAGCCUCGUGCCGGGAACGAAGAAGUUGCGCUUUUCUCCACCGAAGGAUGUUACGGCCCAGUAUGUGGCACAUCCGGUUGAGAAGUUGCUCAAGUUGCCGAUCGAAUACUUUCACUUUUUCUGUCUGUUCGAGCAACUGCAAGUGCCGGACAGGCGGUUGAUCGUGCAGACGUUCAAAAUCGACGAAAGCCAACCAGCCACCUGUUCCCUGCCGAGCUGUAUCUGCUCGAUGGCUAAAGCGGGUGGCACUGGUGGCGGGGUACGAAACGAGGGAAGCGAUCUGGUUAGUCGUUGUCUUUCAACGGUACGCCGCCGGAAUGAUCUGUUCGCACGCAUCAAGCAACACGUGGCGGAUCGUUCAAAUCGCAAAAAUCGGGUCGAUUCGGCAAUGAUGUUUGAGGUAAGGGAAGACAAUUUGCUGCCAUUCUUCAACAAAUAUAUGGCCGACUUUCGAAAGCGGUGGACCGAAAAGCAGAAGCGUGACGUGAAUCGACAGAACCAAACACUGCAGGUGCUCGUCAGAAGUAUCGCCAAUAUGGUGGAAUUGAUUGACGAAUGUUUGCGCUUUGACGAGGAAAUGCCCGAAUACAAUUGGCUCGAUCGGUACGAGAUGUCGAACGCGGUUGAGGACGAGGAUGUCGGUGAGUCGGAGCAGAGCGAGACACGGACAGGCGACAGUUUAAAGGCGCUGAGUGAGAAAGUGUUUAAGUUGCACAACUUUUACGAAGUCCUAAUACGGAAGGUGCACAUUCGCAUGAAAACGGCCCCGCUCGUGGAACAGUUCGGACCGAAUGCGCUUACCGAUCGGGAAUGUUACGAUCAGUGGAACGUACCACGAUGCUUCCUACCGGACGGUGCAAAGCGUCGCCGGGAAACGCUCGUGAAGCUUAUGGGCGAUGCGCUGUGGCCAUCAAUGGAACAGCUCGAACGACCGCUGCAAGAAGCGAUGGCGGUGAUCGAGCGGAAUGCAAACGCAAAUGCUCUACUAGCGUACAUCGAGUCCAGGCAAAGGUUGGGCGUGAGUGUGCUCGAGCUGGCACAACAAUUCCCGAACCAUGGGCAGCUGAAGCAACAUCUGCAUGCGCUGUGCGGCUUUAAGCUUCUGUUGCGGACCGGAUUCCGUACCAUUACCUACGUGCACUGGCAGUUUGUGGAAGAGUGGCUAACGAAGGCACCGGUACCGGAAACGAAACAACGCACGGAGCCGGAACCUCAGGUCGCAGAUACGAGCAAGGGCGGCAGCAUCAAGCGAAAGGGAGGCUCUAUCUUAGAUGUGGAGGAGCGGAUGGUAAAGCGGGCGAAAACAGGCACAACCGAAGAAACCCGGAUGGACGAUUCCGGAUGCCAACAUCCGGCGAAAAAACAUCAGCGAAAAUAUAUGCUGCUAGCGAUGGCACCCUGGAUGCGAAUCGAUGGCUUAAUUAACAAGCGGUUGCUUUUCCGUUGGCUCAUCUCGAUACUGCUGUACUGUGUGGCCCAUCCGGGCGUGCCGCUGAAUGUUUUGUUCGUGCGAUACAACAUGAUGUCACCGUUUCAUUUGAGACAGCUGCUAGAGAUGUUGCAAAAUUAUGGCUGCAUUACCCUUCAUUCGAUGCAGUACACGGUAAAGAAAACGAUCUUCUCUGUCUUUUCCCCGGUCACCGUUGUACCGCCAACGGAAUUUCUGCCCGACGAGCAAACCUUCGUAGAAGUGGUGCCGGAUGCGCUGAGUACGCUGUCCCUUUGCAUCGGGGAGAACCGCAAGUACGUUCAUGACAUUUUCGAUCCCGUGCGCAAAAACACGUAAG